AGCUUCACUUUUACUUGGGCCCUUUAAGCACUCCUUUCUCGAGAUCCCUUGACACUCUUCGAUCUUGUUGGAACUUUCGAGUACUACUGUGACCUAACGGAGUUGGUUUACUUGCAAGUUUCUGUUGUCUGGGCCCUGCCGGGAUAAUGUUAUGAUUGUAUGAAAACGAAGCCACACAGGUUAUAUACGGUACACCACACUUGGGCACAUAUCACCUGGCCGAGGGCUCUGGACGUGUUGGCCUGUCUGCAUUUCGUUUCUUUUGGUUUCGGGCUUGGUUGAUGAGCAUGCAUGUGCCCAGCCACUGUCAAUUGACCCCGUUCAUUGGCAUAGCCCCAUGUUUUCUUCUGGUUCCCCCGCCCCUCCUCACUACGGCGCUUUGUUGGCAUAAGUAUCCCAGUUGCACUUUUGCUCAAAAUUUUUAUCUGCUCACGCCCAGGGUUCAACCCCAGCACCCCACCCUAAGCCCCGUAAAUGCAAAUAUACAGUCUCAGCCACAACCACUACAACUUGUAAUGUUGUUGCGCGGAUAGUUGAAGAAGUACUCUAUAGGAGGGAGAGGAAUUACAGGCUUAAUUCCAGGCACAGGCACGCUGUUACAAAUACCACACCCGCCCCCGCCCUCGAGCCGUCAGGAUUGUAUAGUGG